AUGUCUUAUUAUUUCACUAUUUUAUCACCAAGCGACUCGCCGCUUUUCAGUCAAGCUUUCGGCACCUCCAAGGGUGGCGGAGAUGGAGUCCCCAGGUUCCGAUUCCCUGAUACCUCAAGAUAUAUGAACCAAUUCAUCGUGCACGCUAGUCUGGACAUUGUGGAAGAAGUCCAGUGGACUAAUGGAGCCAUGUACCUAAAGCAUAUCGAUACCUACCCACCGGCAUCAGCCUACGUUUCCGCUUUUAUGACUGGCACCGGAGUGCGAUUCCUCCUUCUCCAUCAGCCUCUCCAACCUUCGCCUUCUUCAACGCUCGUCGGAAGCACACGUGCGUCAUCCUCGUCUAUAGCAAACAAUCCCACGUCCCCGCAGACGGAGGAAGCGGUACGACAAUUUAUGAAUGAAGUGUAUGAAAACUGGGUGAAGACAAUUAUGAAUCCGUUUUAUCGAAGGGGAAUGGAAAUCAAGAGCCCCGUAUUUCGAAGUAAGGUGCUCGCGGCGGGGAAGAAGUGGUUAUAGAUUUCUGUCCAUUCAGCGUGUUUUUCGUAUAGAGCUUUGGUGUAAGGAGUCUUCUGGUGGUUAUUUCUCAUCCUGAACUCCGUUGGUACGGUAGAGGAGUUAAGACGGCUGGGAUGUUGCUUUAUUUCUGAGAUACAGGUCUGUUGAUUUGGUUUUCUGGGCUUUUUACAUCAUGGACCGGAAAGAAUCUUUUUGUGUCCCAUCGAUACUUUGCAGAUCGUGAUACCCCAGUUCCCCACAUCGAGAAAGAAUUGAAUUG